GGCGCUCAACAAGGGUAUUGUGAACAGUGAGAAAGUAGUUCAUCCAAUGAAAUCCGCAUUCAUGGAGCUUUCGGACGAAAGAAGAGACGAGACACCCUCACUUCUGCACUUCUAAUAAACUUCUAACUUGUAACUUCUUCCCAACCACAUUCACCACCAACCUGUUAAUCUUGUAUACGCAGACCAUUCAGCCAUGUACUCGAAGUGAGGUUUUUGAGAGAUUCGCUCCUAAUUGAUUAGUAUUCAAUAUAUCAUACCAGCACAAUUCAACAACUCAGCAGCAAUCUAAUAUCGAAGGAUCGGAGAAAUUGAAGGCCCUCAGUCAAAUCAACCUUGUCAGCGCGAUUAAAAACACGCAAUUGCCGCCCGCAUCCUCAGCCCAGCCUACCGAUCUCUACCUACAGCGAGAAAAGGUCAUCAAAUGUCAGCUUAGACGUCGAUGAGGUGACCAAUCUUUCACAAAGAGCUUUGGUAUUGCGCCUAGAAAACAUAUUUUGAUCCAUUGCUUCUAUUGUUCUACGAUGCUCCCCGUCCGCAGACUGUCAAGGCGGCAGGAUGGCCCGUCUAACAAUGAACUUUCAUCGCCCACCGCGGAGCCCAAUCAUUCUUCUACAGCAACAACGGCCACUCCAUCCGGACAGUCUCAAUCUGAUUCUAGUACCAGGCCAACUUAUAUUAUUGCAAUCACAGUAACUUUAUUUGGACUUAUAUUGUUGCUCCUUGCACUUUACAUCAUACGUCGAACUCGGAUCAAGCACAAGAAUCCAAAAUACAUACCUACAGUAUUUUUGAAAAAGGCAUGGGAAAGUUGGGACCCGGAAGCUCAUCAAUAUCGUCUGCCAGGCCAUAAUGAUCCCCACGAAUACACAGGAGCCGCCGGCGUAUCUGGUGCUGGCAGAAACUUAUCCAGUCGUCCACCCCCAUCGUUCAAUGCUGCCGCCCGAACUACUGUUGAAAAUGUCGCAAACAACGAUGCGGCGGGAGUCGAUAGGAAUACUUCAGUCCGCUCGGUAAUGACGCUACCAGCUUAUAAUAUGACACCGGGACAAAAUGAGCAGGUGCUGGGAAGGGAGGGCGACCGAGGGGGCAUUGACGUCGUGUUAGAAUUCCCGGAAACUAUCGACGAAGAAGAGUCACAACGGGAGGCAGAGAUGGAGGCUUUAUACCAGGUCCGACUUGCGAGACGGCGCGAGAACGAAGAACGAGAAGAGCGAAGACGACUAAGGAGAGAGGCUAGAGAACGAGGCGAUCAUGUUGCAUUGAGAGAACUUCAAUCUCGACCUGCGAAUACCAGUACUGGACCAACCGUCGAAGAGCUCAGAGCAGAACAUGAAAGAAUCAAGAAAGAACGUCAACGUGCAGUUUCAUCGGUUGCAUAUGGUGAUCUGGGGGUCGCGAGACAUGACGGUACACGAUUACGCGCAAACAGUGAUGAGAGCGAACGACAAGGAUUGCUUGGCGAUGCAGCUAGUAUGGCCGCGAGUAGCCGUUAUCAUCGGAGAGAUCGCAGCGCAAGUUCAGUGUUAAGUAUUGACACAGUGAACUCGGACCUACCUUCUCCGGGAUUUACCAGGUCUCGGGCUGAUUCCCGACCGGAAAGUCCGCUUCGUCGAUCCAUAGGUCCUGGGGACUCGAAUGAUAAUCAUGAAGAUAGGGCUGGAAGCAGCCCCGAGAUGAUAGAUCAUGACGAUGUCCCAUUGAGCAGCCCUCCUGGAUAUGAAAACGUAUCGUUAGACACACCACACGAGGAGGCGUCAGCUCUACCACAUCACAUGACGGAGCCCCCUCCUGAUUAUACCAGUCCAAUAUAUGGGAGAGGGGAGGGACCAAGUCUAGAAAGCACGGGCUCUCGAAGAUCGCAGAAUCUAGACGGAGUAAUGACGGAGAGAAGGACAAGCACCCACAGCACAAAUUCGGGCCUCUUCCCUCGGGAUGAGAGACGUACAUCUACAAGAUCAACUCGAGGUGUUGGUGGCAUCCCGCAAUUACCCAGUUUACGAUUAGGAUCUUUGCCUUCUAUUCACGUCGAUCCGGGCAGUCCGAUGACUAUGGGAACUACAGAGGAGGAAGGUCAUAGCCCACAUAGCCAAACGCAUUUCGGUUAAGCUCUUUGCAAAAUCAGUCAAGACCUUUGACACGAAUAAUGAAUCUUGAAUAAUCAGGUUGAACCUUCGAAUUUUUGAUACGCGUAUAAUCUUUCUCCAACACAAAUUUUACCUUUUCCGCAUCAAGCAAUCCCUACCUUUCUAUACCCGCUUUCUUUCGUAAUAAUUGUUAUAUACUUCUGAUUUUGAGCAUGGCGCUUUUGGGGGGCAUUUAGAGCCAGACACUUGCUUUAUUGAUUUGUUUUCAGCUUGAGCCUUUGUUUGGUGUUGAAUGCAAUUUAAUGCAAGACCUCUUGUAUAUAAAAGCAAGCAAAUGGCAAACAAGUGGGAUGGAGUGACCGGAGUAAUUCUAAUUGGGGCGGAGGAGUUUAUGGAUGAGCUGGAUUGGAAAGUUUCCAGAUAUUGGAUAUGAUGGGGUCGAUGGGAAAGGCGGAAGAGUAUCGCUUGGUCACAGAUUAUACUAUACUCGGCUCUUAAAAACUCCAUCGAUUGGUUGGUUCUAGUGUCAAUAUAUAUAUGUUGUUGAUUCUUUGAUUAAUCUAUCUUUCCUGUCUGUUGUUCA